CCAGGGUCUUUAGUUGCUCUCUAGCCCUCCACCAUUAGAUUGCAUGCCCGUCGUCUUUCCAUCCUCUUUUUCAACGGUUCAACUAUUAAAUCCCCCCCUGUGCUGCCCUGGGUGGCUCCGUCUCCUCUGACGCCUUUUUUGGUCCUCGAUGGUCCCCAUGCGUCACGAUUACCUUCCCUCGAUCGUCUCCUGCCACGCGGGCUGAGUCUAGAGCUGCUAUGCCGACCCGAGUCCGUCAUCACUGACCCGGUCUUUUAUCACAGCCCACACCCCCUUCGAUCCCGCAUCAUUAUCUGCCCGCCCGCAUUCCACACGAUGGGCCGGGAACCUGCCCACCGCCGGCGUCCCUACCUGGCGAUGCCGUCGCGCAAAGUGACCAACAUCCUCGCCUUGAUUCUAUUUAUCGUCGUCGCCACCACCGUCUUCAAAAUCGAGCUGGGCUCGCCUUUCGACCCCUCGUCGCUGUAUCACCACCACUCAGGUAAAGGCGAACCCGAUUUCUGGGACUGGGAAACGACCAGCCGUUUCCCCCGCGUGCAGAACCCCAUUCUGGCCGACGACCAGCUCUGCGACUCGUUCCCCUCCUAUCUGCUGUCCCGCAUCCAGGUGGUUUUGAAAAUCGGCGCCUCCGAGCCGGCGGAUCGCGUCGACGCGCAAAUCUCCAGUGUGACCCGCUGCAUUCCCAACCUCAUUAUUGUCUCCGAUCGCGAGUCGCAAAUCAACGGCCAUCGCGUUCAUGACAUCCUGGCCGCCCUUCCAGAGUCCUUUCGCGCCAAUACGUCCGACUUUGAUGCCUACGAUGCGCUUCAGCGGGGCGAUGACCGAUACGUGGCGGCGCCGCAGGGAUGGCGGCUCGAUCGCUUCAAGUUCCUCCCCAUGGUGGAGCGCGCACAUGACAUCAACCCCACGGCGGACUGGUUUGUCUUUCUGGAAUCCGAUACCUACAUGGUGUGGGAUAAUAUGUUCCGGUUACUGGACCAGUUGGACCCGCACGUUCCCUUGUACCUGGGCUCGCCGUCUCCCGGAAGGCGACUGAACGAGGAGGAGGUCUCUUAUUUCGCCUACGGGGGCUCCGGAUUUGUCCUCUCCACCGCCGCCAUGAAGAAACUGGUGUCCCGAGAAGUCGGGGCCCAUGGGGAGUACAUUCAACCCCCACUGAGCCAGCAGUACGAGGAUCUCGUGAAAGCGGACUGCUGUGGCGACUCGAUUCUCGGCUGGGCGUUACUCGAGAAAGGCGUGAAGCUGUCGGGGUACUGGCCCAUGUUCAAUCCCCAUCCUCUCCACGGCAUUCCCUUUCACGAGGCACAUUGGUGCCAGCCGGUGAUCAGUAUGCACAAGACCUUGUUGUCGGAUAUGACUGGGUUGAUGCGAUGGGAGAAUCAACGGGAUCGCACUCGCCCUCUGCUGUACGCCGACUUGUUCGAGUACCUGAAGCUGGGAAGUGUGGAUUACAUGCCUGACUGGGACAACGGGGACUGGGGCGGUUGGCAGGAACCUCCCGAAUCGCCGGCACAUGGCUCCUUCGAGGCCUGCGAGACGGGGUGCCAUAACCAUGCCGAGUGUCUCAGUUUCACCUAUGACUCGUCGGGACACUGCGUCUUUGUCCGGACCAUGCGGCUGGGCGCGAAGAAGACCCUGGGCGAUUCGAGCGUGCGGUUGUCCUCAGGAUGGGAUCUGGACAAGAUUCAGCGCUGGCGAGCGUCUCACCGGUGUGAGAAGGCGCAGUGGGUGAAGCCCAGCACGAAGCGCAUCUUUUAGACGAGUGACGGUGAUUUGCUGAUGGCGUUCGGACGGGAAGGGUCUCAUGUUCUGACGAAUGUACAUUACGAUAGAUGCUUCGGAUCAUGCCAUACUAAUAAUAAUAGAUAAUUCAAUGCUGG